AUGACUGACCUGCAGCACCCACAAAAUGGGCCACAGCUGCCCCUUUUCCCACCACAGCAUCACUUUGUGGCUUUGUCCCUGCCUGAUGUCUUUGCAGUAGCAGUGCCCAGGGAGGAUGGAAGGAUCAUCGGAGGCAACGAGUGCUCCCCAAACUCCAAGCCAUACAUGGCAUCCCUUAACUACGGAUACCACUUUUGUGGAGGGGUACUCAUCAACGAGCAGUGGGUGCUCUCCGUUGCCCACUGCUGGUACAACCCCUACAGCAUGCAGAUCAUUCUGGGAGAACACCACACACGAGUGUUUGAGGGCACAGAACAGCUCAUGAAGACUGAGAACAUUAUCUGGCAUCCCAGCUAUGACUACCAAACUCUGGACUAUGACAUCAUGCUGAUCAAGCUCUUCCACCCAGUGAAGCUGACCGAUGCUGUGAAGCCCAUUCCUCUCCCCUCUGGCUGCCCUUAUGGGGGUAUGCCCUGCUCUGUGUCCGGCUGGGGCAAGUACUUCCCGGAUGGAGACUAUGUUACCAGUGAUACACUUCGGUGUCUGGAUUUGCCCAUUGUUGACGAUCAGGAAUGUGAGAAUGCCUACCCCGGCAUGAUCACCCGCAGAAUGGUGUGCGCCGGAUACUUGGAUGGAGGCAAGGAUGCCUGCAAUGGUGAUUCUGGCAGUCCUCUUGAAUGUUUUGGAGAAGUGCACGGACUAGUGUCCUGGGGUCAGGGCUGUGCCCAACCUGGGUACCCUGGCGUCUACGUCAAGGUCUGUGAGUUCCUCAUCUGGAUCAAGGAGACCAUGGAGGCCAACCCAUAAGUCUCAUGACUUCCACUUGUAACCCUUCUCUUGCUUCUCUUGUUACCUUGCUGGUGAAGCAAGACUAACAUGGGCUAUAGUUGUAGGCAUCACAAUGGAAAAAUAAACUGUA